CAUGACUUUUCAAUCUAUAAAUUUCCUUUGCUGUUUCUGGUAGCUCUGAACUCCUUUCCAUACGUAAAGAAGAGAAUUCCGGUCAAUUAUGAACAUCAGGUUAAUUUAAAACCAAUUGAUGUCGCUACUGAUGAAAUAAAAGACAAGACGGCAGAGCUGCAGAAACUCUGCUCUGCUGGUGAUGUUGACAUGAUCCAGCUGCAACUCAAAUUGCAAGGCUGUGUUUCUGUGCAGGUUAAUGCUGGUCCCUUGGCCUAUGCCAGAGCUUUCCUAAGUGACAGCCAGUCCAGCAAAUAUCCUACUAAGAAGGUGAAUGAGUUAAAAGAAAUGUUCAGGAAGUUUAUACAAGCCUGUGGAAUUGCUCUGGAGCUCAACGAGCGACUCAUUAAGGAGGAUCAAGUGGAGUACCAUGAGGGGCUAAAAUCAAACUUUCGGGAUAUGGUGAAAGAGCUUUCUGACAUCAUCCACGAACAGAUCUACCAUGAAGAUACAAUGCAUUCGCCGUGGGUGCAUGACUCCCUACAUGUCUUCUGUGCGAUCAGCGGAACAUCUGGUGAUGGAAGUUACUGCUCACUCAGACCCACUGCUGAAAUAUAAACAUAUCAGCCAUAUUUUACAGAGCUUUCUCAGGAAUACUUGGAACUUGGAACUGUACAAAGGAUGUUUAAAAAAAUCCAUGACGAGCAAAGAUUCAAUUUUUUUUUUCCCCCAAAAUAAGUUGCCAUGCUUUCAAACAGGGUGCUUGCUUAUUUUGCUGAGCAACAUUGAAAGUGCCUGGACAUUGCACCACUGUGCUUGUUUUCUACUAUUGUUUUUUUAAGCUAAAUGUAUAACAGGACAUGGAAAGGCAGUUGUCUAAAUAUGUAUUGAAUUGCUGAACUAUGGAUUGAAAUGAUAAC